GUCACACUGGGUUGGUUGGGUUUCCACGAGAGAGCGCGUGUUUUUUUAUUUAAAACGAUAAUUAUUAAUUAAAACCUAGCCAGGAUGUCGUUAAUUUGUCGUUUGCUGACGGGGAACAACCCUAUGCGCCUGCGGGCAUUGGACGCUUUGGGCAGGGCCGGCUACAGUUCGCAUGCCAAGUUUUCGGAACACAAACCCAUCGAAAAGAUCCGGAACAUAGGAAUCUCGGCGCAUAUAGACAGUGGAAAGACAACAUUGACGGAGAGAAUUCUCUUCUACACCGGAAGGAUUGCGGAAAUGCAUGAAGUUAGGGGAAAGGAUAAUGUGGGGGCCACCAUGGAUAGCAUGGAACUGGAGAGACAGCGUGGAAUCACCAUCCAAUCGGCAGCUACUUAUACCCUGUGGAAGGAAACCAAUAUCAAUAUUAUUGAUACCCCGGGACAUGUGGACUUCACCGUGGAGGUGGAGCGUGCUCUUCGAGUUUUGGAUGGUGCCGUUCUGGUCUUGUGUGCCGUGGGCGGAGUUCAGAGUCAAACGUUGACGGUCAACCGACAGAUGAAGCGGUAUAAUGUUCCUUGUCUGGCCUUCAUCAACAAACUGGAUCGCCUGGGCUCGAAUCCUUAUAGGGUUCUAUCCCAAAUGAGGUCCAAAAUGAACCAUAAUGCUGCUUUCAUUCAACUGCCCAUUGGUGUAGAGAGCAAUUGCAAAGGCAUUGUGGAUUUGGUGAGGGAAAGAGCCAUAUAUUUCGAGGGCGAACAUGGAAUGGAUCUGAGGCUAGACGAGAUCCCACAGGAUAUGCGAGUGGAAAGCCAGGAAAGAAGGCAGGAACUCAUCGAACACUUAUCGAAUGCAGACGACACCUUUGGAGAGAUUUUUCUGGAAGAAAAGCCCUUUACAGAAGAUGAUUUGAAGGCUGCCCUGAGAAGAACUUGCAUAAAUAGAACCUUCACACCUGUUUUGGUGGGGACAGCACUAAAAAACAAGGGUGUCCAGCCCCUGCUAGAUGCAGUAAUUGAAUACCUACCCAACCCCGGGGAAGUGGAGAACUUGGGCUUCAUAGAGAAAGAAGGACAGGAGCCAGAGAAAAUUGUUUUAAAUCCUGCUCGCGAUGGCAAGGAUUCUUUCGUGGGUUUGGCUUUCAAAUUGGAGGCUGGACGCUUUGGUCAACUAACCUACCUCAGAUGCUACCAAGGAGUUCUUCGGAAAGGGGACAACAUCUUCAACGCCCGCACCAAUAAGAAAGUAAGAAUCGCUCGCUUGGUAAGACUGCAUUCAAGUCAAAUGGAGGAUGUCAACGAGGUCUAUGCCGGUGAUAUAUUCGCUUUGUUCGGAGUUGAUUGCGCCUCUGGAGACACAUUUACCACCAAUCCCAAGAACAAUCUGGCCAUGGAGUCCAUCUUUGUACCCGAGCCCGUUGUUUCAAUGGCUAUAAAGCCUAAUAACACCAAGGAUAGAGAUAAUUUCUCAAAGGCCAUUGCCAGAUUCACCAAAGAAGAUCCUACAUUCCACUUCUUUUUUGACAAUGAUGUAAAGGAAACACUGGUUUCGGGAAUGGGUGAAUUGCAUUUGGAGAUCUACGCCCAGAGGAUGGAGAGGGAAUAUGGCUGCCCAGUGACGCUGGGAAAGCCAAAAGUAGCAUUUAGGGAAACCUUGGUUGGCCCCUGCGAAUUCGAUUACCUGCACAAGAAACAAUCAGGAGGAUCAGGUCAAUAUGCCAGGAUUAUAGGAGUCAUGGAACCACUGCCGCCCAAUCAAAAUACCUUGCUGGAGUUUGUGGACGAAACAGUGGGCACUAAUGUGCCAAAACAGUUUAUUCCUGGAGUCGAAAAGGGUUACAGAGAAAUGGCGGAGAAGGGUAUGCUCUCCGGCCACAAGUUAUCCGGCAUUCGAUUCCGCCUGAUAGAUGGUGGUCAUCACAUCGUGGACUCUAGUGAGCUGGCCUUUAUGCUGGCUGCCCAUGGUGCCAUCAAAGAGGUUUUUCAGAGCGGCAGUUGGCAGAUCCUAGAGCCCAUUAUGCUGGUUGAGGUUACCGCGCCCGAGGAAUUCCAGGGUGCUGUAAUGGGACACCUAAGCAAACGGCAUGGUAUUAUCACCGGAACUGAGGGAACCGAGGGCUGGUUCACUGUGUAUGCCGAGGUUCCCCUUAACGACAUGUUCGGAUAUGCGGGAGAGCUGAGAUCAAGCACCCAGGGCAAGGGUGAAUUCACCAUGGAGUACUCGAGGUACUCGCCAUGCCUUCCUGAUGUCCAGGAUCAGAUUGUUCGCCAGUACCAGGACUCACAGGGAUUGGCUCAGCCCGACAAGAAGAAAAAGAAAAACUAAUUAAUAUUGGCUCCUAGCUCUCUAAACCAUCUCUAACAAAUCGACAUGUUAUUGUAUCAUUUUUAUUUUUGCUUAGCUAAAUGUUAUUUUAUAAAACCAUCUUCAGUUUUUACUGUGAUAAAUUAAA